UUUUAUAGGAGAUUCAACCGUCUCUCGCCCUUCUCCUCCUAGAACUAAAACCCACUCUACCCAAGCAAAAUGAAGGAACCUGUUCCCUCGCUCUUACCCACCAGUCUUCCCAGUGACUCACCCCAUCCGCUCAGAUUCCUCAUCAUUGGUGCGGGAUCGCGGGGCAAUGCCUAUGCGCGGGCCGUGACGACCUCCACCGUGGGGGUCAUCCAUGCUGUCGCCGAACCCCAUCCUUUCAAACGUCGUCAGCUCGGUCACAACUACAUUUGGGGCACCAACUGUCCUCAAGAAGGGCAGGAGUUCACCGAUUGGCGUGAGUGGCUGGCCUGGGAGACCCGUCGUCGCCAGUCUGCUUCCACAACCACUCCGAGCAACCAGUCGUCCCCCACACUUACCAGAGCAAUCCCAACUGCACCCGCAGCAACAACCGCAGGCGUAGACGGAGUCUUCAUCUGCACGCUCGAUGAGACGCACGCAGAGAUCAUCCACGCUAUCGCCCCCCUCCGUCUGCACAUCCUCUGCGAGAAGCCCCUCGCCCUCUCUCUGGGCGACUGCCUUGGCGUCUACCGCGUCCUACAGCCCAGCGCCAACACCUCCAUCUUUUCCAUCGGCCACGUCCUCCGCUACAGCCCGCACAACAUCCUCCUGCGGCGUCUGCUGCGUAGCGACUGCGUCAUCGGCGAGAUUGUGUCCUUGGAGCACUGCGAACCCGUCGGCUGGUGGCACUUCGCCCACAGCUAUGUCCGCGGGAAUUGGCGCCGCGAGACCCCCGAGGGGGAUGGCUCGCUUUUGACGAAAUCCUGCCAUGAUAUUGAUUUUAUUAUGUGGUUGCUCUCCUCGCCUGUCCUCCCUGAUGCUGCUACGGCUACUACUGCUGGUUCUGUAACGACCCACCAUCACCACCACCACCACCCACCCCGCACCAUCACUUCCACCGGCUCCCUCACCCAAUUCCAUCCACACCGCAAACCCCUUGCCGCCGGCACCGCCACCAACUGUCUCGACUGUCCCGCCGAACCGGACUGCAAGUACAGCGCCGUCAAGAUCUACAACGAGCGCCAUGUGGCCCGCGGCGACUUGGACUGGCCCGUGAACAUCGUGUGUCCGGAUAUCGAGGAUGUGGUUGCGCCGUACCUUCCCAAAGGAGAAGCAGCAGCAGCAGCAGCCACAUCAGCAAGAACAGCAACAGGCCCGGCACCACCAACAUCAACUUCUCCGAAAGCAAUAGCAGCAGCAUCCGCGCACCUCCUCGCCCGACUCCGCGCCUCGAGGCCCCUCUCCCGAUCGAAUCCCGGAGGAGCCCCGUCGUACGGUCACUGCGUUUACGAAGCUGAUAACAAUGUCUGUGAUGAUCAGGUCGUGACGAUUACUUGGUCGGAUCAGACUUUACAACAGGGGCAGCAGCUCCAAGGGAAGACAAUAACGGUAACGGCACCGGCACCAGCAUCAGCCAAAACAGCAAUCUUCCAUAUGAUCGCCCCAACCGAGAAACAGUGCGAGCGGCGCGGCCGCGUGUACGGGACGGAGGGCGAGCUCGCGUACGACGGGCGGCGAAUCGAGUACUACCGGUUCGCAACGCGCGAGACCACCGUCAUCGACGUGCCCAAACAGCCGCCGGAAGAAGAAAAGGCGCACGGCGGUGGGGAUUAUGGGCUGGCGCGCGGGUUCGUGGCGGCUGUGGACGCGGUGGUGAAUGGCGGGUGGGCAGCAGAGAAGGCGCAGGCGGUAUUUGUUGGCUGUACGCUGGAGGAGGCAGUGCGAAGCCACGCCGUGGUGUUCGCGGCGGAGGAGGCGCGGAGGGAGGAGAAGGUGGUGCGGUGGACGGACUGGUGGGAGGGCAAGUUGGAGCUCCAUGCCUCUCCAGGUGGUGGUGCACCGCCGUCAUAGGAGGGAACUUGGGCUAUGACUUAUAACAUAAUCGCCUGCAGGUCAAGGUAUCCUUUCUAAUAGUCUGAUUAUCAUGGGUAGAAAUUUUAUGAC